AUGGCAGUCGAAAAGACUCCCACUAUCAAUCAUGUCGAAGAUGAAGUUGCAUCCGACUCAAAGGAAUGGAGUCACAUCCAGGGCCAGCAGGGCGCUGACAUUGAUCGAAAUAUGACACUUUGGGAAGCUAUCAAAGCUUAUCCUGGUGCCAUUACCUGGUCAUUCCUACUCUCUUCGUCUAUCAUUAUGGAAGGCUAUGACAUCGUCCUCAUAGGCAACCUUAUGGCACAGCCGGCUUUCCAGAGGAAGUAUGGCGACUGGUACGGCGACAAACUCGGCUAUCAGAUAUCUGGGCCAUGGCAGUCCGGACUUGGCAACGCCACUGCCAUUGGAACUAUUAUUGGUGCCUUUGCCAACGGUUGGCUCACUCAACGUUUCGGAUAUCGACAAACACUGGUAGCGUCACUUCUAGCUAUCACAGGCUUUAUCUUCAUCACUUUCUUUGCUCACAACCUGCCCAUGUUACUCGUUGGCUCUACUCUCUGCGGUCUACCAUGGGGCGUAUUUGCGACUAUGGCCCCAGCUUAUGCGUCCGAGAUUUGUCCUAUGGCUCUUAGAGGUUAUCUUGCCAACUACGUUUGUCUUUGCUGGGCUCUCGGUCAACUUCUCGCGGCUGGUGUUCUUUUCAGUUUCUCUGACAAUACUACGCAGUGGGCGUACCGCAUCCCCUUUGCGAUCCAGUGGAUCUGGCCUAUCCCUCUUCUGAUCAUUCUGUGGUUCACUCCUGAAUCGCCCUACUGGCUCGCUCAAAAGAACCGACUUGAAGAUGCGAAGAAGGUCCUUCGACGAAUCUCGGCCAAGAGCAACAAGUCGGAUGAGGAUCUUGAUAAACAACUUGCUAUGAUUGUGCACACAAACAAGAUAGAAAGCGAGCACAGUACCGGAUCUAGCUACCUGGACUGUUUCAAGGGUAUUAACCUUCGUCGAACUGAGAUUGUUAGUCUUGUGUUUGUCGCGCAGAAUACUACUGGUGUUGGUAUCGGUGGCACACCAACCUACUUUUUCGUUCAAGCCGGUGUCGAUCCCAAGAACUCUUUCAAGUUCGCUACGGGUGCUCUUGGUCUCGCAUCUGUUGGUGUCAUCAUCUCAUGGGCUCUCAUCUACCGCAUCGGCCGGCGAACGCUGUAUGUUUGGGCUUGUGGCGCAUGCACAGUGCUCAUGCUUCUCAUCGGUAUUCUUGCUAGCGUUCCACAGUCCCAGGCCGUGAGCUUUGGACAGGCGGGCAUUGUGCUGAUCUGGGAGAUUGUAUUUUACGCAACUAUCGGUCCCGUUUGCUACGCGAUUAUUGGCGAGAUCCCUGCUGUCAACGUUCGCAGCAAGAGUAUCUGUCUUGCUCGUAUUGCGUAUUACAUUUCACAGAUCUUGAACAAUACUUAUGGACCUUACAUGAUCAAUCCCACUGAGGGCGAUUGGAAGGGUAAAGUUGGUUACUUUUGGGCCGGUCUCUCUCUGCUGACUUUUGUCUGGGCUUACUUUCGUCUCCCAGAAACCAAGGACCGAUCAUUUGAGGAGAUUGAUAUUCUUUUCGCCAAUAAAACAUCUGCUAGGAAGUUUGCUGAGACCAAGGUCGAUGCUUAUGCUGAAGAUUCUGAGGGUCGCAUCGUCAAAGAGGUUGGAGUUUGA